GUUGCAUGCGUUGACGCAUGUAAGGUAUCAGGUUGCUUGCAGUGUUUUCUUCGAUUACCGAUUCAAACGCUUCAUGACGAUCCGGCAGGUAGAUUAAAUACCUUUAAAGCUAAAUGUGUAAUUUAUGUUUACAAAAAGGAAGUUUUGAAUAAUCAUAUUACGGUUAAGUGUAAUUUUAUUCGUCCACAAAUUGCUUGUGUGUAUAUGCUUUACGAAGUAUUAUGGAUUUAAGACUGCAGACAUACUGGGUUCUUUUAGUGGCGUCUUCUGUUGUUCGUGCAUGUCGGUUAAACGAUAACCCAUCACUCGGUAAUAUAUCGGAGAGGCUUGUAAACAACAUCGCACCUGAAGAUUUUCUCAACGAUUUCCAACUGAAUGUAGGGUGGUAUCGGGCUACGAAAAAUGGGAGACUGUACACAUUGGCCGAUACCUCAAACAAUAUAUCAUAUGGAAAUUGUGGAACCUUUUAUCCAAUUUACUUGAAAGACUUACACCCGAAUCUCUCGUCAAUACACUUCGAUUACACUGACGUAAAGGCAUGUGUCUAUGAUGACCCAGAAGACUGCAGCGUGGAAUACAAUUUACGUAUUCGAAGAUGUGGCCUGGACGUAGAGUACUAUCUUCAAAGCUCUGUUCCGUAUUCGGCGUAUUGUUUAGUGCAGCAAUGUGAACAAGGGUUUUAUGGCCCCGAUUGUCAACACGCAUGCCAGUGUAAAGCGCCUGGGACACAUCUUUGCUUCCCGGAUACGGGAGAAUGUGAGUGUAACGUUGGAUUCCAUGGUCCAUAUUGCGAAAACGACGUGGACGAAUGCUCGACUGGCACACAUAAUUGUUCAAGAGAUAUGGUCUGCUACAACACACUGGGCUCGUAUAAAUGUCUAUGUCGAGAUGGUAUGACUUUUGACAAUGCACGUGGCAAGUGCAUCUAUCCAGUUCGUUCGUGUCGGUUAAACGAUAACCCAUCACUCGGUAAUAUAUCGGAGAGGCUUGUCAACAACACCGCAGCUGACGAUUUCCUCAACGAUUUCCAACUGAAUGUAGGGUGGUAUCGGGCUACGAAAAAUGGGAGACUGUACACAUUGGCCGAUACAUCAAGCAAUUUAUCAUAUGGAAUUUGUGGAACCUUCUAUCCAAUUUACUUGAAAGACGUACAUCCUAAUCUCUCGUCAUUACACUUCGAUUACACUGAUGUAAAGGCGUGCGUCUAUGAUGACAUGGAAGACUGCAGCAUUGAAUACGAUUUACGUAUUCGAAGAUGUGGCUUUGAGUUGGAGUACUAUCUUCAAAGCGGCGUCCCGAAUUCGGCGUAUUGUUUAGUGCAGCCGUGUGAACAAGGGUUUUAUGGCCCCGAUUGUCAACAUGCGUGCCAAUGUAAAGUGCCUGGGACACACGUCUGCUUCCCGGAUACGGGAGAAUGUGAAUGUCACGUUGGAUUUCAUGGUCCAUUGUGCGCAAACGACGUGGACGAAUGCUCGACUGGCACACAUAAUUGUUCAAGAGAUAUGGUCUGCUACAACACACUGGGCUCGUAUAAAUGUCUGUGUCGAGACGGUUUGAUUUUUCACAAUGCCAAUGACAAGUGCAUCCACCCAGAAUGUUUCAAUGACACCUACGGAAUUGGUUGCUCAUUAAGAUGCCAAUGUAAUACAGAACACAGUAUCCAACACAAAGUCAACCAAUGGUGUAACCCAGUACUUGGCCAUUGCACCUGCAAACAAGGAUGGACGGGAUUCGCGUGCGAUGCUGAUAUCGACGAAUGCAAGGACAACGGAGAUUGCACUAAGGUUAAUAGUGUCUGCAAGAACAUUCCCGGUAUAUUUUCAUGUGAAUGUAAAGAAGGCUACUCAGAUGUAGGAGGGGAAUGCGUAAGUGAACCUACAUCUAAUUAUACAGCAGUGAUUACAUCAGUUUCCGUCAUUCUUGUCGCAAGUUUGAUUCUCGCCGCCAGCAUUGCUCUGUGGAAAUGCAAAGGCAAACAAAUGACAAAGAGAACAGCUCCUUAUACAUGCGCAGAUACUGUUGAUAGUUCGAUCGACCUCCACUCGAACGACUAUAGCUGUAUCGGCGAAAUCGGAAAGUUACAGUCAGCUUCCAACCACAUGUACAAUGGAUACCUUCAAGCACCUGGAAAUGCCCACAUGGAUCCGUUGAAGAACGUGUUUAUAGUUGGCGAUAACAUCUGCUCAUCGCCUUACGCCAAAUGUGCUUAUCAAUCAGAUUGUCCGGAUGAACACGUUUACCUAUCUCUCCAAACACAGAGCAAAUAAAACACUCAUGUGUCAUAUAUGUUACGUAUUGAAUACGAGUUUUCAUUUCAUACCAUUUUGUGUGCAAUUAGUCGAGGCAUUGUGUAAGCGAGAUAACUAGCUAAAUAACUGUAGCAAGCUAAAUCCAAUAUAGCACGAAAUGAUGACUAUUGCCAGCUAUUGUUUAUCAUUAACUUUAAAAUUGUGUAAGUUAUCAAAUCAUCAUUAUCAAAGCUGAACGUUGUAUACUUACGUGCUUCGUCAGGCAAAACAUUCGUAGUGUCGGUAUAUCAUUUAACAAAUCACAUGUUAUAUUAAUUAUAUUCACAUGUAAUCGAUGUUGCAUGUUUACAAUACAUUAAGUUCAAGGAUAUCUGAAUUAGUUAUAACAUAAUAUUUUAUUUGUAAAUAGUGAUGCAUUUAUUUAAUACCAGACAUAGUCUGUUUACUCACAUAGUAUUGGUUUAAAAAAUAAUUGAGAGGAUUAGUAGUAUCUGCAAAACGUUGUUUAUAAUAUUUUCUGAAAUACUGUUUACCAAUUGUCUUAUAUUAUAUUUAGCUAUAAGAAUUAUAUUGUGUGUUAUAUGACUACGUUUUAAACAGCACGUUAAUGAAGGCAGUGAAACGAUAUUAAUAUUUAAAAAAAACGUAUGCAAUAUGUUAACGUAAAACAAGCACGUUCAUCUGCUUUUAUUGAGAAAAGCUAUUUAGGCUUAAAAAGUGAAACACACGUUUUAUAAAAAUAUGACUGUGCAUGGUAUAGACAUUAAACAUGAUUAAGACAAAACCAUUGGUAAUUUGGGAUUAACAAUAUAUGUUUGUCAUUGUUAAGUAACAUGGGUUAGCAAAGAAAUGUAAUAUUAACAAAAUUUAAUAUGAUUUUCGCUGUAAAUUUCGACACGGUUUCUUACAUAUCGUCACGCUAAGAUAAUUUACCCAUUACAUGGGCUUGUGUCAAAGCGAUUAAUAACGAAUCCCAAGAAGACACUAAAUUUCACAAAUUAGAAUUACUUAUAUUAAUUUGUAUUUUGAUUUAAUAUAUUUUAAAUGUUCUUAAUAAACUCUGUUAGCUGUUUAA